AUGGCUGCUCCUAGCGACCCUAAAACACCUGUUGACAAUCAUGUCCGUGUUGAUUCUCUCCACCAUGCCGAAACCGCGUCGAAGCAUGGUGAUCUUGCUGCCGAAGCCGCCAUACAGGGCCAAGCGCUCUCUGGAUACGAGAACUUGUCCUUCUGGGAAACUGUUCGAACCUUCAAGAUGGCGUCGUUCAUCUGCCUACUUUCUGCUUUUAGUGCCGGAGCUGAUGGUUACCAAAUUGCUAUGCAAGCAAGUAUUAUUGCAAACAAAGGCUUUGUUCAGCAAUUUGCCACGUCGGUAAACGAAGAGGGUGACAAAUUCCUCGCCUCGAAUAUCAUUGCGACUUGGAGCGCUGGCCAGAACGUAGGUCAGAUCCUCGGUCAGAUUGGCAUCUCAUUUGUGGUCGCAGGGUUCGGUCGCAAGAUUGCCAUGUACACUCUGUGGACUAUCCUCAUGAGUAGUGUUUUGGCUGAAUCACUUUCCCGAAGCUGGACGGUCUGGUUCGGAGCUAAGAUGCUCGCUGGCACUGGUGUAGGUUGCCUGCAGGCAACUCUGCUUGGGUACAUCACAGAGAUCAGUCCAACGCGAAUCCGUGGUGGUAUGUUGAUGCUCUACAGCUUCUGGUGGACCACUGGUUCUUUCUGUACCCACGUAGCUCUCCAGAAGCUGAACAGAACUGACCCUUUCAACUGGCUUACACCUGUGUAUACUCAGUGGGGGCACAUCGGAGUCAUGGCCAUCAUCUACGUUUUUCUUCCUGAAUCACCCUCCUGGUGUGCGACUGUUGGGAAGGAAGAGAGGGCCAAGAAAAGUAUCAGGUUUCUUUACCGUGGAGUUCAAGACUUUGAUGUCGAUCGCCACUACGAACUCCUUGCCUUGAACGUUGAGCACGAAAAGGCUUUGGCGGCCGAGCAACGAAACGAAAGCUGGCUGGCUAUCUUUAAAGGCAUCAACGGUCGCCGUACUAUCACCGCCAUGUGGACUAUUGUUGCACAACAGUUCCUGGGUCUUGCCCUCUUUGGCAGUUUUGGUACCUAUUUCUUCCAGCAGGCUGGUCUGGCCGACCCCUUCCAGAUCAAGGCCAUUACUACAUCUCUGCAGAUCAUCGUGGUUAUCCUAGCCGUCUUUGGAGUCGACAGAUUCGGUCGUCGCCGCAUGGCCUGCUGCGCUACAUCGUUAAUGUGGAUCUCUUGCCUGAUCGUUGGUAUCAUAGGAGUUGCUCCUCAAAGCGACGCCAGCACCUAUGUGUUUGUCUUGUUUGCAUGUUUCUGGAACAUCGGUAUCUCAGCCAAUGGAGCUGCGGGUUGGGGUUACAUUGGGGAAAUAUCCUCGCAACGACUUCGACCAUAUACUUCUGGCUUCGCAGCUUCUGCCAACUCCAUCAGUGGCCUUGUCAUGUCUGUUCUCACACCAUACAUGGUCAACGCUAACAAAUGGGACUGGAAGCUCAAGACUGGUUUUUUCUACGCUGGAGUUGGCCUUCCAUGGGUCAUUGGUACAUGGCUCUUGGUGCCCGAGACUGCCCGUCGAUCGCCCGCCGAGCUUGACGAACUCUUUGAGCGUAAGAUCAAGGCUUGGAGAUUCCAUACUACUGAAACAGCUACCCAGCGUCUAAUUCAGAGUGAGAAUGCAACAGCUGCUGAGAAAUAG